AGGGAGGCGCUCAGCCUCCGGCGCUUCCUCGGCUCCCGUUAGCAGACAGCGCUGAAGCUCGGGCUUGCGAAGGCGGCGGUUCUGCGGCUGUGCGAUGUCGGAAUUGCGAACAGCGGGACCCGGCCCAGGGAUGACGCCUGGCGGACCAGGGACCCCCAUAACCACCGGCCCAGGAGGAACCUGCGGACCUGGCCCCGUGACCCCGCUGCCAUCGCCGGGGCCAAGUGCCGGAAAAGGUGACGCCGGAGGAGGGACACUGGGCCCUGGGGGACCGGCCCCUGGGGGGGUGACGAACGCUCCAGGGGGGAGCUCUUCUUCCGCUUCCGGGUCAACGAGCUCAACUUCCGGGGCAGCUCGGGAAGGCUGGCUUUUCAAAUGGACCAAUUACAUCAAAGGGUAUCAGCGGCGAUGGUUCGUUCUGAGCAAUGGGCUUCUCAGCUACUACAGAUCCAAAGCAGAGAUGCGACACACCUGCCGUGGAACCAUCAACUUGGCCACAGCAAACAUCACUGUGGAGGACUCCUGUAAUUUCAUUAUUUCCAACGGAGGGGCACAGACCUACCACUUGAAGGCUAGCUCAGAGGUUGAGCGGCAGCGCUGGGUCACAGCUCUGGAGCUGGCCAAAGCAAAAGCAGUUAAAAUGCUGGCAGAAUCAGAUGAGUCAGGUGAUGAAGAAUCUGUAUCCCAAACUGACAAGACAGAACUACAGAAUACUUUGCGCACCCUCUCCAGCAAGGUGGAGGAUCUCAGCACAUGUAACGAUCUGAUUGCCAAACAUGGAACAGCUCUUCAGCGCUCGCUCAGUGAACUGGAGACUCUGAAGUUACCUGCUGAGAGCAAUGAGAAGAUCAAACAAAUCAACGAACGUGCCACGCUCUUCCGCAUCACUUCCAAUGCCAUGAUUAAUGCUUGUCGAGACUUCCUAAUGCUGGCCCAGACACACAGCAAGAAAUGGCAGAAAUCUCUACAGUAUGAGCGUGACCAGCGUAUCCGGUUGGAGGAGACCCUAGAACAGCUGGCUAAGCAACACAAUCACCUGGAAAGAGCUUUCCGUGGAGCUACAGUCCUACCCGCCAAUGCACCUGGCAACAUGGAUUCCUCGAAAGAUCAGUGUUGCUCAUCAAAGGGUGAUAUGAGCGAUGAAGAUGAUGAUAAUGAGUUCUUCGAUGCUCCCGAGAUCAUCACCAUGCCCGAAAGCAUGGGACACAAACGAACAGGCAGCAACAUCAGUGGCGCCAGCAGUGACAUCAGUCUUGAUGAGCAGUACAAACAUCAGGGAGAAGAUACUAAGAAGGAGAAGAGAACUCGGAUUCCACACAAACCAAAUUACAGCCUAAAUUUAUGGAGCAUCAUGAAGAAUUGCAUUGGCAAGGAACUCUCCAAGAUCCCCAUGCCGGUUAAUUUCAACGAGCCAUUAUCCAUGCUGCAGCGUCUCACAGAAGACUUGGAAUACCACGAUUUGUUGGACCGGGCUGCCAAAUGUGAGAACUCCUUGGAGCAGCUCUGCUAUGUGGCAGCUUUUACUGUAUCGUCCUACUCCACGACUGUCUUCCGCACUAGCAAGCCAUUCAACCCUCUCUUAGGAGAAACGUUUGAGCUAGACCGAUUAGAAGAAAAUGGCUAUCGUUCCAUCUGCGAACAGGUGAGCCACCAUCCUCCAGCUGCUGCUCAUCAUGCUGAUUCCAGACAUGGUUGGACCCUUCGGCAGGAGAUUAAAAUCACCAGCAAGUUCCGUGGCAAAUACCUCUCAAUCAUGCCACUUGGUGAGUCCUGGUCACUUUUGUGGCCUGCUAUUUUAGGAAGGCAUAGGCAAUUAAUAUAACUAUUAACACCUAAUAAUCAUAUUAGUACAAAGUCUGGUAUUUCCAGCUUUUUCCUAACUAGACAUAAACAUGUG